GUAUUAUACAAAAGCAGAUGUGAUAAUCAACUUAAUGAGAUCACAGAAAGGGCUUCUUCUGAUAAACAUGAGGUUGAGUCACUAGCUAAAAAAUAUGAAGAAAAGUACAAGCAGGUUGGAGAUAUAGCCUCGAAAUUAACCAUUGAGGAGGCCACAUUUCGUGAUAUUCAGGAGAGGAAAAUGGAAUUGUAUCAAGCAAUUGUCAAAAUGGAACAGGGUGGUAGUGCUGAUGGUAUUCUUCAGGUCCGUGCUGAUCGUAUCCAGUCAGAUCUUGAGGAGCUGGUGAAGGGUUUGAAUGAACGGUGCAAGAAAUAUGGGUUACGUGUCAAGCCUACUGCACUAGUUGAGCUUCCUUUUGGCUGGCAACCUGGCAUUCAAGAGGGAGCUGCUGAUUGGAAUGAAGAUUGGGAUAAGUUUGAAGAUGAAGGAUUUUCAUUUGUCAAGGAACUCACUCUUGAUGUUCAGAAUGUUGUGGCCCCUCCAAAAUCAAAAUCUACUUCAGUUUGGAAGGAAAGGGGUUCCUCAGAUGAGGGUCUGACAACUGCCUCAGACCCAAAUGCUGAUGAUAAACCGGAGAAGCCUGUAAUUACUGUUGACCAGAAUGCUGAAAAUGGAUCAGCUUAUGCACAGAGCGAAGAUGGCUCAGCAAGAAGUGCGCCUGCCAGUCCCACGGGGAGAAGUACUGUGGAAAGCCCAUCUCAAGAUUCUGGAGAAAACCACUUUGCGAAGAACAUUGGUACUGAUGGAUCACCCCAUGGUAAAGAAACAGAGAGUCAUCAUGGUGGUCCCGAGUCCAUACUUUCUGGGGAUAGAAGUUUUGAUGAACCAACCUGGGGUACUUUCGACAAUGAUGACGCUGACUCAGUGUGGGGCUUUAGCUCAUCUCGUACAAAAGACCUGGAUAAUGAAAGCCACACAGAAAACUCAUUCUUUUCUGGUGGCUUGGGCCUGAACCCGAUAAGAACGGCGGGAUCUCCACAGGCAGAUAGCAUGUACCAGAAGAAGAGCCCCUUUAAUUUUGCGGACUCUGUUCCUGGCUCUCCUCUCUUCAAUUCUGGCUUCUCCCCAAGAUAUAAUGAGGGUUCAGAGGGGCACUCCUUCAACAACCUCUCAAGGUUCGACUCCUUCAGCAGCAGCAUUCAUGACAGUGGGUUUUUCCCUCCGCGUGAGACUCUUGCAAGGUUCGACUCAAUCCGCAGUACUGCAGAUUUUGACUCCAGCCGAGGUUUCCCAUCUUUUGAUGAUGCUGAUCCUUUUGGGUCAUCCGGGCCAUUUAAAAGUUCAUCAGAGAGUCAAACUCCUAGGAGAGGUUCAGAUAAUUGGAGUGCCUUCUAGCCCGGUAAUUAAGUGUUGGAUUGAUAUGUGCUCUCAUCUCAGUUUGAGCCUUUUUGUGAGGUCUUUGUUUAUGUGGGCGAAGGUGGUCUGGUGUUCUCAUUUACCCUCCUUUUUCUUAGUGUGCUAUAUAAUCGACAAGGAUGAUUGGAUGUAAUGCCUUGUGGAUUUCUUCACCUAUUUUUUAUAUUUCUGCGAUUCCAAUUCUUAUUUUUUCUUUGGGAGGGUUCGUGGGUGUGGGGACUGACGGGAAAGAUUUUUCUUCUCUUUUUGUAACCUCGUAAAUAAUCGUUUUCAUAUAUUCCUUAUUACUUGUGCA